UCAAUCGUGUUUGUGAUCUCGGUGUGAAUAGAUCAAAUUGUUGGAAAACUCAAAAAAACAGAUUUCGAAAAUGCCACUGCGCAAGAAAGAGGACUAUAUACCCAUUAAGUGCGAGGGCUGGAACGGCAAGUUCGUGUAUCCGGAUGGAGCUGUUAAUAAUGUGUCCAAGAUACGUCGCCAGAACCAGAACGUGACCAACACCAACAACUUCUACGGAUUCAACACGGAACCCAUUGUCCUGCCCACCGAAUGGGAUGGCACCUUCGUGAAGAGCGGCGAGACCCGCAUCAAACAGGAGCGCAAUCGAUCCGAUGACCAGGACUACUUUGACUACAAUACGGAGCCCACGGUGCUGCCCACCACUUGGAGUGGCGAGUUCGUCAACGAUCCCACCGAUGUGCGCAUCAAGCCGGAACGGAACUUCUCGGAUGCCAGGGAUUAUGCGGAGGCAUCCCGAUUCAAACUGGUCCAGCACUGAGUGAGAUCCCGAUCCUCCCGUUUCAAUCUAACUAAUCCUGCAAAUGUUGCGUUUGUUUCGGUUUCGCAUUGUAAUUGUCGCCUAACCUAAGCGUUUGUUGUAUUUUAUUUUUUAUGAUAUUUAUUCGUAUACUUAAUAAACCAUAGCAAAAAAAAGCACUGAAA